AUGUCUGGCUUACGGUUUCUCGAUCUCAUCAAACCCUUCACGCCCCUCCUCCCUGAGGUGGCCGCUCCCGAGUCAAAGAUCAACUUCAACCAGAAGUUGAUGUGGACAGGAUGCACUCUCCUCAUCUUCCUAGUCAUGAGCCAGAUGCCCCUCUACGGCAUCGUGUCCUCCGACACUUCAGAUCCUAUCUACUGGCUACGUAUGAUGUUGGCCAGUAACAGAGGAACAUUGAUGGAGCUUGGGACAACACCUAUCAUUUCCUCUGGCAUGGUUUUCCAGCUUCUUGCCGGUACCCACCUUAUCGAUGUCAACCUCGACCUUAAAUCCGAUCGUGAGCUCUACCAAACCGCCCAGAAGCUCUUCGCCAUUAUCCUCUCCUUCGGUCAAGCCUGCGUCUUCGUCCUUACCGGUCUCUACGGCCAGCCCAGCGAUCUGGGUGCUGGCAUCUGCUUGCUCUUGAUUGUCCAGCUGGUUUUGGCUGGACUGGUUGUCAUUCUUCUGGACGAGUUGCUGCAGAAGGGCUAUGGCCUCGGGUCUGGCAUCUCCCUCUUCAUUGCCACCAACAUCUGCGAGUCUAUCAUCUGGAAGGCUUUCUCCCCCACAACAAUUGAUACUGGUCGCGGCAAGGAAUUUGAGGGCGCGGUCAUUGCGCUCUUCCACCUACUGGUCACCUGGCCUGACAAGACCCGUGCCCUGCGUGAGGCCUUCUACCGCCAGCAUCUACCCAACGUUAUGAAUCUCCUGGCCACCCUCACUGUCUUUGCUGCGGUCAUCUACCUUCAAGGCUUCCGGGUCGAGAUCCCAGUCAAGUCAUCCCGCCAACGUGGCAUGCGUGGCUCAUAUCCCGUCCGCCUCUUCUACACCUCCAACAUGCCUAUCAUGCUGCAAUCCGCCCUAGCAUCCAACAUCUUCAUGAUCAGCCAGAUGCUUUACACCCGCUUCUCCGAUAACCUCCUUGUUAAGCUCAUCGGUACAUGGGAGCCUCGUGAGGGCUCUUCCCAGCUCUAUGCAUCCGGCGGUAUUGCGUACUACAUGUCUCCUCCCCUCAACUUCGCCGACGCUCUUCUCGACCCCAUCCACACCGUCAUCUACAUCACUUUCAUUGUUGUUGCCUGCGCCCUCUUUUCCAAAACCUGGAUCGAGGUUUCCGGCUCCGCUCCUCGUGACGUUGCCAAGCAACUCAAGGAUCAGGGUCUCGUCAUGGCUGGUCACCGUGAACAGAGCAUGUAUAAGGAGCUGAAGCGGGUUAUUCCCACUGCUGCCGCAUUUGGUGGUGCUUGCAUUGGUGCUCUGUCCGUUGCUAGCGACAUGCUCGGUGCUCUUGGAAGUGGCACUGGUAUCCUGCUCGCUGUCACCAUCAUUUAUGGUUACUUCGAAAUCGCCGCUAAAGAAGGCGAUUUCGGAGGGAACUUGAAAGGCCUCGUGGCCUAA